AUGACCAGUACUCUUCUUGAGCUAAACAGCAACAUCGAGUGGUGGGAGAAUUAUGUCGACUACGACUCCUUGAAGAAGCUGUUUCCAUCCAACCCGCUCGAUCCGGGCUAUCGUGCCACCCUAGACGAGUCAUCUUCUAUUCUACCAACCGCACGUGGGCAUAAAAAGUAUGCCUCGCCCGAUGACUUUCGUCAAGCCCUCGACAAGGAGCGCAACAAGGUGACCAGCUUCUAUCAAUCCAAAUUUGGUGAACUCGUCCAAUCGCUCGAAGUGCUCGAAGAAGAGGUUGCAGCUAUAGAAGAGAGGGAUUUGACCCAGCCGGAUACGAUCAAGGAGGAAGAUGAGGAAGAUGAAGACGGGGAGCCGAGGACUGUAGAGGGUGAAGUGGGGGAGGUGAGAGAGACUGACAACCUUAUCGAGCCGAGCCACUCGCCUACGCGAAGCCGAUCUUCCUUUGGCCGUCCCAGACCUUCCUUGGUCGGGCGAUUAAACAACACAUUCCGCUUUGGCAAACGCAAGAAUGGUGCCCCAAGUCCACGAGACCACGACAUCCUCGAAGCUUCCAUCCCGCCUUUCUACCGAGGCGGGCGCAGAAGCCCAAGCGCGACGAGGAGCCAGAGGAUGUCGGAUUCAGUAGGAAGCUCGUAUUUCGACGACCCCGGAAGUGCGCGCGUGCCCGGGCCGAAGGCUGGCAGGCGAUCAUCCGAGCUUGAGUCUUCGGUGGAUGACCUUGCCACUGUGGCGGGUACGCACGGGAGGAGGACGUCAAUCUCGUCCUUUUCGUCACAUGAGGGCGAUUUCGCGUGGUCAAACCCUCGUCACCAUUCUCUUGGUCUCGUGCAGAUGGACCCAGCUACUGUUCCCGAGUGGGCACAGACCGAUCAGGGCGAUGUUGAAGAAGGCAGAAACGCUCUUGCCGAGCCUGGAGCGAGAAGGCCCGUGUUCAUUUGGACGGCGAACAGCGAUUACGGGACGGUCUUGAGGAUCGGAUUCAAGAAAAGGAUCAGCAAAGUCUGGCUAGACGCAUACGCUCUCAAGCAGUAUGUUGAUCUGAACAUGACUGCCUUUGAGAAGAUCUUGAAAAAGUAUGACAAGAAUACCGAGUUCAAGCUCAAAAAGGAAUACAUUAAAGACGUUGUCCUCAAGAGUGUUCCCUGGACCGAUGAAGCCAAGCAAGAGCUCGAUGAGCAUCUUGGCCGCAUUCUCUUUCUCUACCGCCGUGUAGCUGCCGGCGGUGAUGACGAUCUCGCCAAAGAGCAACUUCGUUCUCAGCUUCGAGAGAAGGUCGUUAUCGACCGAGAGACCGUUUGGUCUCAGAUGAUCUCUGGCAGGAACCGUUCAGAAGGAAUAUUCAGGAGUGUCACGCCAGACCAGAUACCAGAGUUUGGCUCGAGCAAGAAUGUGUUCAAAACGCCUUUCGGAGGGAUUGGGGUUCCCGAUUGGUUGACGAUGAAGGUGGUCAUGGCCGUUGUUGCUGCGGUAUCUUUAGUGACUAUCGUACAAGUCCAGCCGCUGGACCGCGUAGAGGAAAGCAACUGUAUGGCAAUGUUGGUGUUUUGUAUCAUCUUGUGGGCGACCGAGGCCAUUCCCCUAUUUGUUACAUCCUUGGCUGUCCCUUUCUUGACCGUCUUCUUGCGAGUCUUGCGCUCUUCCGAUGGCGAAGACGAGCGGCUAAGUGCUGCAGACGCCACGAAGUACAUUUUCUCACAAAUGUUCUCCCCCACCAUCAUGCUCCUUAUCGGCGGGUUCACUAUCGCCGCCGUCCUCUCCAAGACCCGACUAGAUGUCAUGACUGCCACACGUAUCUUGAAUGCCGCUGGCUCCAAGCCCAGUACGGUGUUGCUGGUACUCAUGGCGGUGGCGACAUUUGCGAGUAUGUGGAUUAGUAACGUGGCGGCGCCCACUUUGUGCUAUGCUUUGAUCAAGCCCAUUACGGAUGAACUGCACCCCAAAUCUCAGUUCUCAAAGUGCUUGAUUAUAGCUAUCGCUCUCGCAGCCAACAUUGGUGGUCAAGCCUCGCCAAUCUCAUCUCCUCAGAAUCUCAUCUCUCUCGGCUCAAUGGACCCACCUCUAUCGUGGAUCCAGUGGUUCGCCAUUUCUAUUCCAGUCUCUUCCCUUUCCGUUCUCGCUAUAUGGGCGUUCCUUCACAUCAACUAUCGCUGGGAGGCCGAUCUUCAAAUUCCCAAGAUGCGCAAGAAUACGGACUCUUUGACCAUGACCCACUAUUAUGUGCUGAUUGUUAGCGGCUUAACAAUCAUGCUUUGGUGUGGCGAAAAGAGUAUGGAGGAUUGGGUGGGAGAUAUGGGAGUGAUUGCCAUCAUCCCAUUGCUGGCUUUCUUUGGAACUGGAAUCUUGUCGAAAGAGGACUUUCACUCUUUCCACUGGUCAAUUGUGUUCCUUGCCAUGGGCGGUAUCGCUCUCGGCAAGGCCACUCUCUCGUCCGGAUUGCUCGAUAUGCUAGAUAGCGUGCUCGAGCAUUUGGUUGAGGGCUUGGGAUUGUAUUCGAUCUUGAUUGUCUUUUCUAUCUUGGCGCUUGUCAUUGCCACUUUCAUCUCUCACACAAUUGCUGCUGUCCUCCUUGUCCCCAUCGCCACGCGAAUUGGGGACUCGCUGGACGAGCCCCACCCCAGGUUACUUAUCAUGGCUACAGCUCUUAUCUGCUCGGCAGGUAUGGGCCUGCCCGUUUCUGGUUUCCCCAACAUGACUGCUAUCACUCAAGAAAACAAGCUCGGCCAGAGAUUUAUUGGCGCUCCCGAUUUCCUCAAGAAUGGUAUCGCGUCCUCUGUAUUGGCAACAUUUGUCAUCGUGACACUAGGAUACGCUAUAAUGCGAGGUCUCAGGUGA